UCUCAGUCUAUGCAUGGUCGACCCUACACUGUUUAUCUCGCGGGACAAUGUCCGUCAACGACCGUCGCGCCAGCUACAUGAGCGCACCACGACCCCGCGUUUCCUCGAAUCGCGUCGGUGAUGCUCGCAGCGGUGCGUCCCCAUUGCAAUCGGAACAGCUAAAUCAUCGUGGGAGCACGUCGAGUCAGAAGGGCAAGCCCUCUCGAGAGCAACGUGAUAUGAUGAGCGACAAGCGUGCCGAACGAAUGGCACCUCAUUCGAAAGACAAAGCUCAAGUUCGAGCGAGAAAUCCGGCCAAGGAGUCUUCUAGCACAGGAAACAAAGGGGAAUGGGAAAGGUCACGCUCAAGGAGGGCUACUCUGACGGAUGGUGCUAGUCCCAAUAUGCGAAAGAAGGAUAAGGAGCCAGUGGAGUUGUCAUGGAAUCCACAUGCCUCGUUGAUAUCCCAUUCAACAGCACCAUUGGCCACUCGAGUAUCAGUUCCUUCUCUUGCUUCAGCUUUACCCAAAUCGCUUCACCCGGCCUCAAUUCGCGAGCUUUCUGCCGACGCACAAGAGACAGCCCUCUUGGAAGACCUACUAUUCGUGUUUAUGGGCUUUGAAGGCCAGUAUAUUCAUUAUCAUAGUGGAUAUGAUUCAUCUAUUGAGAAGGACCGUUUGACUGGUCCGGUAUUUCAGCUGCCAUCAGGCGUGGACCCAACCUUAAGGGAUCUUACUCUGUCCAUGUUAAAGAUGGCGACUCAUUACAGUGCUUUGGAGGCAUUUGUGGAGGUUCAAAGCCGUGCAGAAUAUGGAGCAGUCAGUCAUGCGCUAUGCGCGGCGAUCCGAAAGCUCCUAAAGGACUACUUGAUCCUUGUUGCUCAACUUGAAACCCAACUUGUGAACAACCCAAGCUUCACGCUACAUCUUCUGCAUUUACACACCAUGCCGACAAGCCAAUGCUUAGCCCAAUUAUACUCAUUGGGCCAGGAACUACUUCGGCGCAACGGCUUAUUGGACCAAGACCUGGACGAAUCUAUCGAUGAUUUUGAUGACGUGGACAACAUUCUCGAACAGCUCAAAGAGGGUGGCGACCUUGUUCCUGGCGCCAUGUCCAGCAAGAAGAUCUGUAAAGGAGGUAACGUUCUUCGACUGCUAACCGAGCGGUUAGCAACAUUUUCUGGGGACCCGACUACGAAGACUCUUCUGGAAAAAUUACUUCGUGAAGCUAGUCGACCAUAUAUGGCUAUGCUCAAUGAGUGGCUCCAUCAUGGAGGUAUCAAGGACCCUCACGCAGAAUUCCUCGUUAAAGAGCAGAAAUGGAUCAAACGGGAGAAGCUUGAGGAAGACUACACAGAUGAAUACUGGGAGAAACGGUAUACAAUUCGUGAAAAUGAGGUUCCCCCACAGCUAGAUAGCGUGCGCGACAAAGUUCUAUUGGCCGGAAAGUAUUUGAAUGUAGUACGAGAAUGCGGUGGUGUCGAUAUCAGCAAAGCGGUUAAGGAUGUGCCGAAGACUUUGGACGAUCCACGUUUCCUGGAGAACGUCAACGCCGCCUACACCUAUGCUAAUGCCUCUUUAUUGAAUCUUCUUUUAACGAAGAACUCUCUCACUACUCGCUUUCGCUCCCUCAAACAUUACUUCUUUUUGGACCGGUCCGACUUUUUCUCUUAUUUCCUCGAGCUUGGCGCCUCAGAGUUGCGCAAGCCGGCCAAAAGCGUCAACGAAAACAAACUACAGUCGUUGCUUGAUCUUGUUCUACGUCAGCCGGGUAGCAUAGCUGCACAAGAUCCUUUCAAGGAAGAUGUGAAAGUUCGAAUGAACAAGAUUGGUCUCACAAAAUGGCUGAUGCAGGUCGUAAGCGUCUCUGGAAUUGACCAGGACAACCCUGAGGCAGCGAUUGAGAAAUACCAGGCUCCACAAACACAAGGUGGAGAUGAGGAAAAAGAUAUUGCUGGAUUUGAUGCGCUCGAAUUGGAUUACUCCGUCCCCUUCCCACUGUCUCUGGUCAUUAGUCGCAAGACUGUUUUGCGAUAUCAACUCAUUUUCCGCCACCUCCUCUCACUCCGUCAUCUCGAGCACCUCCUAGUUACGGCCUGGCUAGACCAGAACAAGGUUCUUGGCUGGCGCCACAAAUCCACAGACCGGAGGCUAGAGAUGUGGAAGCGACGGGCGUGGAACUUGCGCGCCAAGAUGCUUGUCUUCGUCCAGCAGCUUCUUUAUUUCUGCACGGCCGAAGUCAUCGAGCCAAACUGGCAAAAUCUCAUGGAUCGUGUGAACGGGACGGAUGCGGACGGGUCCGAAGUGACUGUGAACGGCACCAAGCAAGUCAACCGAACUGUCGAUGAAUUAAUGCAGGACCAUGUGGAUUUCUUGGACACAUGCCUCAAAGAAUGCAUGCUAACGCAAGCUAAAUUACUGAAGAUUCAUUCCAAGUUGAUGACCUGCUGCACCAUGUUUGCAUCUUGGACUGCCUCGUCGCUUGCACGGGCUUUGGCGACGGCUGACCCAGAGCUUUCGAGGAACAAGGCCUCGAAUCCGGACGGAAGGGGUUACGACCCCUCGCGGAUCAGCAAGCUUGAGGACACGCUGAAACGAUAUGAAGACCAUUUUAGUCGACAUUUACGCAUCUUGAUGGACAGUCUGAACUACUUCGCUGCCACUGAAAGUGUUGUCCUCCUGAAACUUGCGCAUGCCCUAAGCUCGAUUAGCAAGGAUGACUGAGACAGUUCCACACCCGUUUGGCUAUUGAAGCCGAUCUAAUGAUACAACUGGAUUCCUGGGAAAUGGUCAGGCACCAGACCGGGGAAUCAAUACGCUCGUUCAGUUGACACAAAGGUUAUGAUAGUCUCGACCGGCCUAUUGUAUAAGCCUCUUAUUAAUAGCCCAACUUUAAUCAACCACUUUUAAGCCCAUAGAAAGUAUCUCUGAAGGAUACAACGGGCAUGUUCGACACAA